AUCUUGUGAUAUAAAAUAAGCUAAAAAUAUUUGUUUGAUUAUAAAUUAUCUCGUUAAGCAUAAAAGUAAAGUUUAACGUUAAAUUAUUAUCAAAUAAAAAAAUAUCUUAAUUUUUUUGGGACUGACCGGAAAGGAAGGUGUGUGUGGGACAGAGAGAGUAGUGAUUGGUUUUACUAUCUGUAACUCAGUUGAGGUUGUAUAGUAAAGUAAGAGCAGCAGAAAAAAAUGCUUUUGGUUGUGGGCCUGUGCUGUCAAAAUUGUUGUUAUCAAGAAUGGAAUAUUUGGCAGUUGGGGGAUCAGUAAGUGGCAAUUCAAAUAGUGUUGCUAUCCAAAUUUGGUAUUCUGGGUCUUUCAUAUAUGUUUGGAUUUAUCAUGCUAGUCAUUUUCAUGGUAAUUGGUUCAUAACCCUAAUUACCAGUGGAAUUGUAAUCACCGUCAGUAAUUAAAGGUGUCUAUGCUAUCCCCCUCCAAAAAUGCCAUUUAUUGCAUCUUUUGGUUUUAUUGGUUUCAGAUAUUUCUCAUGCUCUAACUAAACUUGGGUCCCUUUUCUUCAUCAAUAUGGUCAGCAAUUCACAAGUGUCCAGUUCUUGAUUUGGCGAAAGAAACCACCAUCAGUUUGUUUGGCUAUUUUUGGACUCCUUUGUUUCUCUUCUCAUUCAGCUCAUUGGCAGUCCAAUCUUCCAGUUAAAUUGUUGCUUAGCCAAUAACUCAGAUCACACUUUCCCUUGAGAUGAUUGUUCAAGCUUUUUUGUGGGACUGUUGAGCGAUUCACUUGCGUUUCGUUUCGAUCAAAAGUAAGAAGGGGUUAGAUGACAAUAGAUGAGUCAAGUAGCAGCAGCUCCAUAUGGAGUAGAGAGCAAGAUAAGGCAUUUGAGAAUGCCUUGGCAACUUACCCUGAGGAUUGUGAAGAUUGGUGGGAGAAAAUUACGUCUGAUGUUCCAGGGAAAACAUUAGAAGAGGUUAAGAAUCACUACGACCUCUUAAUAGAUGAUAUUAGCCGGAUCGAGUCCGGCUCUGUUCCUUUACCUUGUUAUAACUCUUCUUCAGACAGUUCUACAAGCCAUGGUGGUGAUGAAGGAGCAGGAAAGAAGAGUGCCAACUUAAAUGGUGAAUCAAAUCAUGGAGGUAAGUCUUCGAGGGCAGAUCAGGAGCGCCGCAAAGGCAUUGCUUGGACUGAGGAUGAGCAUAGAUUGUUCCUUCUUGGCUUGGACAAAUACGGGAAAGGUGAUUGGCGAAGUAUUUCCCGAAAUUUUGUUGUGACACGUACUCCUACACAAGUGGCCAGCCAUGCUCAAAAAUACUUUAUACGCUUAAACUCUAUGAAUAGAGACAGGAGACGAUCAAGCAUACAUGACAUCACCAGUGUCAACACUGGAGAAGUUUCAGUGCCUCAAGGUCCAAUUACUGGCCAAACAAAUGGUUCUUCUGCAGGAAGUUCUUCUAGCAAACCGAGCAAACAACCAACUCCGGCACCAGCUGCUCCCCCUGGUGUUAGCAUAUACGGAGCAACUAGCAUUGGACAACCAAUAGGAGGGGCCUUUGUUUCUGCAGUUGGCACACCAGUGAAUCUUCCACCGCCAACACAUAUGGCAUAUGGUGUCCGGCCUCCAAUGCCUGGAGCAGUUGUUCCUGGUGCUCCAAUGACCUAUCCAAUGCCACAUAUGUCUAUGCAUAGGUAGUACAAUUGUUUAGUUAUGAAAUUGUACAAAGUAAGAUCGUAGAGGCUUCUGCUUGUUCAGGCUUAAUACAAUCUUCUCACUUAGCAGUAUUAAUAUCUUUGUGAUAUCGCAUAAAUUUGACUUUCAUUGUCAAUUUAUCUUAUAGAUCCAAAAUAAAGCAUUGGGCAAGACUUCAUGUAUCUACGUAUGUGAUGUAGAAGCACCAAGAUAUAGGGCAAGUAACCUUCUUGCUUUAGGUAUGUAGGAAUCUUCUCAUGAAGUGAAACACUAUUUGAGAAUUAAAAUUUUAAAUGUAUUCUGAAGCAGAAUUGUAAGCUA